UGGACUUCAGGAUGCAGAUGAAGUUUCGAGCGUGAAAUUCAUUCCCCUGGAUUCGCCAAUAUCAAUCCGACCAUCGACGCAAGAAUGGGUCCAUAAUCAACAGAAGCUGGCCAGGCUACAGAGGACCUGAUUUGCACGACGGCUGGUGCUUCUGCACCGAAUUGGCCGACGUCGCGCCUUGACAAUCGGUCUGCAUGUGAUCCGGAUUUGUGUGACGUGAGUCGAGGCCCCGAUCUCACGCGUGCGAGCAACCUGCAGCAGCACUCAUGCUUCUCCCGAGGCCCAGGCCAUGAUGCCCUUUCGGUGACUAGUCUCGGCGUUCGCCGUUAUUCGCUCUGGCGUAUAGAGGCCGCGAUGAUGGAAGGUUGACCUUCAGCUGAUCACGUUCACUCCCCCUAACGAAGCAGCCCUCUUUGCUCGAUUCGAUUAUGUUCAGAUGAGAAGGAAUGAUGGGGGAGACGAUUUCUCAUAAUUUCAUGGAGACUGUUUCUACCUUCGCACCUCGUGCGUUUCAGAGCUCUGUUUCUGUGGGGGAGGGAACGUGACUUGAUUUGAGAGAGAGACUUGAGCAUGACAACACGAUUUGCUGUGCGCGUAGGCUUGGGCCCCACAGAGACGAGCCAAGCAAUUUCAAGCUCAGCAGUUGGAGGACUGUGGAGUAUCAUGGAUCAGAUCCAGCCUCGGGUCUGACCCCAAAGGCCGGCUCGUUCGUUCGCUCGCUGCCUUGGGUGCAGUGUGGAUUGCCUCUUGAAGCACCUGUUUUCGGGCCCUCUGGAAUAAAAAUAUGAAAUUCUCUCGUCACGCUCCUAGAUUGGAGGCAUGCUGCACUGUGACGAUCUCAUCUGCCAUUCAUUCACGACUUCUCGUGGUAUAUAAGCUCCGAUGGAAGACGAUGCCAUCACCAACCUUUGUCCUUGAGGCACACCACACUCAGUAGUACGUCUUCCAUUUGAAGUUUAUUCCUAUACAGGAAACAUGGAGCUUUGACGGACAUUGCAUUGUGAGGAAUUUGGAAGUAAAAUUGCCAUCGACAUCCCAAUUUCAAAUCAAAAGCAAAAUCAUGGCUGGAGGAGGAAUCGGGCAGAAAUGGGCAGCAGUGCUGCUCAUCGUGGCACUCUGGGGAACUUGCAGCGCGCAGACUUGUGACGAAGGAGACCUGAAGGUUCUGCAAACGUUCAGAGACACAUUCGAAGAUCCUGGCGGCGUGUUUUCGACAUGGAACGGAACCGACUGCUGCACGGGAUGGGAAGGUGUCGAGUGCGCAAGCUCCGGCCGAGUGGUGAGCCUCGAGGUGCAGGCCCCCCACCCACGAUACGGCCCCAACCCCACACCGAAGCCUGGCUUCACAGGCAUCGCGGCAGCGAGCUUGACCGACCUCACUGCUCUGCAGACGCUCAGAGUGGUGGCUGUGUUCUUCAACAGCCCUCUUCCGGACACUUUCGGAAACCUCGCAAAGCUGGAAACAUUGGAAUUCGGUCUGAACAAUCUCACCGGAACCAUCCCCGCCUCCAUCGGCGAGGCCAAAAAUCUGAAGAGCUUGACGAUCAAUGUCAACAUGCCCUUCCCCGAGCAAGACUUCACAGGAGGCCCCAUCCCAGAAAGCUUCUGUGAUCUGACCAAGCUCGAGAUCGUCGCCUUAGCUGCAGUUCGGUUCACGGGCAAGAUCCCGUCGUGCAUCUGCCGAUGGCGCCAGGCGACAUCGAUCGACAUGGCGGUGAAUUCGCUGGUGAGCGAGAUCCCCAAUUGCAUCGGCUACACCUUGGACAAGCUGACAUACCUCGGCCUCGACUACAACAAUUUCACCGGCCCCGUGCCCGCCAUGCUCGGGCGAUUGAAAUCCUUGGAGGAGCUCAAGCUCAACAACAACCAAUUCUCCGGAAAGAUCCCUGCCAGCCUCGGCAGCCUGGAGGUUCUCCGCAGCCUGAGUCUGUCUGAGAACAGUCUGUUCGGUCCAAUCCCUGCCUCGUUCGGGAAAUUGCAGGCACUUGUGUUUUUGGAUCUCGCCAACAAUUACUUGACCAGCAUUCCCAAGGAGCUCGGACUGCUCGGCAACCUCACAUACGUCAACUUGCAGAACAACAAGCUGCUCGGAGCUCUGCCCGAAGAGAUCGGCAAUGCGGGAAUCAAUUCGCAGGAGGGAUUGCAGCUCGACAUCUCGAACAACAUUCUGUCCGGUCGUCUCCCAUUCACUCUGGGGCUUCUCGGCUCCUUCAUCGCCAGCAACAACUACUUCCACGGUGCGUUCCCUCUGUCGCUCGCAGGCGUGCCUUACGUCGAGCUCAACAACAACUUCCUCAGCAGCUAUGGCGACUCCGGCCCUGCACCCGCCGAAUUCGUCAUCCGAGUGCUCGAGCUGCAAAACAAUCGGUUCGCAGGACACAUCCCCGCGUGGCUGACCACCCUGCUGGCCGAGUCUCGACUCAUCACCGAGGUCGACAUCUCGCAGAACAAGUUCAGCGGAGACGUGGGUGCAUUGCUCCUGAACCUUCCCGAGCUGCGCCUGCUGAAUGCUUCCCACAAUCUCUUCCACUCCAAGCUUCCGGCCACCACCUUCAACACCUCCGACAGCUACACCCUCGAUCUGAGCCACAAUGACAUCUGCGGCUCCAUCCCUCUCACCUUCUUCCCCAGUCUGGCCUCCAGCCAGUACAUCGACAUGUCCUAUAACAAUCUGACAGGACCUCUUCCUGACAACGUCGGCCAGCUCGAUAACAUCUCUUACCUCGAUCUGUCUCACAACAUGUUGAGCGGAAAGGUCCCCCAAUCGAUCGACCAGCUCAGGGACACCCUCCAAUUCUUGGACUUGAGCCACAACGAUUUCGUUGGAGACGUGCCCGAGAUUCAGAACGAUAACACCGUCACAUUCAAGUAGAAGCAUCAGCAUCAGCAGCAGCAGCUGCUUCUCACACGAUUAGUGUCUAACUCACAGUAAAUGGAACGCUUGCUCUCGGGGAAGGAUUGAUUAAGCCUUUCUGAUUUCUGAUUGCGGGCGUUUCGAAUUUUCCCACUCCGGUCGUCGAGGAGGUUAGCCGGCAUCGAGCUGGAGUCCAUCGAGUCAACCGGCCCGCCUCCGCAGCAGCAACGUGAUUGAGGAUGGCAUGCGUAGGACGAGUGAUUCAGACUCUUGCUGCCUGGCAGGCUAGCUGUGAUCGAGUCGAUCGCGGUGAUUAUUAAUUACACAGACAGUAGAGCAGAAAUCUCACAAUUUUGUGAACUCGUGCACUUGUACUCUUUGAAAUAACACAAGCCACGUUUAGUUUUUCAUCGU